AUGAGGUUGAGUGCACCGAAAGGAGAUGAUGAAGAGAAAGAUGAAAGCUUGGAAAACAAGGAAGUGAUUGAGAAGACGCUUACCCUCGUCGGCGUUUUACGGUUAGACGUUGGGUUUGUCGUCACGGUGGCUUAUGCUCUGUUUUAUAUCUGUUUGGAUAAGAAAUCUGGGUUUCUCGCGGCUCUCAUGUGUUUCGCUUGUUGGGUUGGUUCCAGUGUCCUCGCUGAUCGUUUAGGACCUUCUCUUUCCGUAAAGGAAAUUGUGGUUCUGUGCAUGGCGCGAGUAACACGGAUCAACUCUGAGAAAGGGUGGUCCGAUCCUACGUUGCUUGCUGUAAAUGUAGCAGUGAACUCCGGCGCACUGAUUGUGGUCUUACGUGUCUACCGAGUAGAACUUUCGAUUGCCGACAACACUGCUGAAGGUGUUUUUAUGUGUUUUGAUGGUGUUAUGACAAAGUUACAUAGGAUUGAAGCACAUGAGGCUGGUCAGGUAUUGGGAAACAACGGUGUUAACGCCGACUAUUCUCCAGUGCCUCUGUUCAUAUCAGAGAUGAAAGGAAAAAUCUACGCUUUCCAUGUUAGACUACCUGCAGAUAGAGCUUUGUCUUUGUUGUCUGCUAUUAACUUUCAGCUGUAUCAGGGAAAAGGUACUUCCAGUGCUACUAGCAUGCCAGCUUUCCACUCAUUAAUUCAACAGCCCGGUUUAGGUGCGAGUGGUGUUGAUAGGGGAUUCAUUUCAGGUCCUGCACUUAUUGGUGAUGUUCUGAUCAACUUCGCUGAUCCAGAUGCAGAUAUUGGAAAAGAUAAGCGUAUGUCAUUAGAUUAA